AAAGACACAACUACCCUUAACUUACCCUUAUCAUCAUCGUGACAGCCUCCAAUACCCCACAUCCUCCAUCGUUGCGCUCAUCGAAUGUCGCCUCCCACAAGCUGCAGGUAGCUCGAAUCUGUAAUCCUCUUUUCUUCCACCACCUGCAAUCGUUUUCAUACAUCGAUUCCUUCUUCUGGUGCUUCUCCAGCUGAUCGAUUCCAUCGUUGCAAUUGAUUCGGAGCCUGCAAACAAUUUCUGCAACAGCAAAUAAGGUUUGCGACUUCAAUCAUCUCAACGACUGCCUCAUUUUUUUCCUCUUUGGCUCUGAAUUUUCCUUGCAUAUGCGAUUUAAUCUUCUCAACAUCAUUAGGGAAGAUAGUACAAAGAAAAGAUGGUGUUUGCAACAGCCAUAAGUUCAUGUCCACGUCUUCAUUUCCCAAAGAGACUUUCUGCAACUCAAAAAAAGAUCAGAUGUUGUUCAACUAUCUCAUCAUCAAUCUCUACAACCUUUGACCUUAAAACUUAUUGGUCAACUCUAAGAGAAGAAAUUAAUCAGAAGCUUGAUGAAGCUAUACCUGUCCAGUACCCUAAUCAAAUCUAUGAAUCCAUGCGUUACUCUGUUCUUGCAAAAGGAGCAAAAAGAGCACCACCAGUUAUGUGUGUUGCCGCCUGUGAACUCCUUGGCGGCAACCGCCUUGCCGCCUUCCCCACCGCCUGUGCCCUUGAAAUGGUCCACGCGGCCUCUCUAAUCCAUGACGACUUACCAUGCAUGGAUGACGAUCCAUCACGGCGUGGUCAACCCUCGAACCACACUGUCUUUGGUAUGGACAUGGCAAUCCUGGCCGGAGACGCCCUAUUCCCGCUAGGGUUCCGCCACAUCGUCUCCCACACCCCCACUAACCUCGUCCCCCAAACCCAACUCCUCCACGUCAUCACCGAAAUCGCCCGAGCCGUGGGGUCCACUGGCAUGGCCGCGGGUCAAUUUGUUGACCUCGAGGGCCCACCAAACACCGUAGAAUUCAUCCACGAAAAGAAAUACGGUGAGAUGGGCGAGUGCUCGGCGGUUUGUGGCGGUUUACUGGCGGGCGGUGAUGAUGAUGAGAUCCAACGGUUGAGAAGGUAUGGUCGGGCGGUGGGGAUUUUGUAUCAAGUGGUGGAUGAUGUUUUGGAGGCGAAAGUGAAAGGGGAGGAGAAGACCGGGAAGAGUUAUGUGGCGGUUUAUGGUGUUGAUAGGGCGGUGGAAGUGGCGGAGGAGUUGCGGGCGGAGGCUAAGAGGGAGUUGGAGGGUUUUGAGAAGUAUGGUGACAAGGUUUUACCAUUAUAUAGUUUUGUUGAUUAUGCGGUUGAUAGAGGGUUUAGUUUUGCUGAUAAGGUUUGAUUCUGUUAAAUUUUGUAAUCUCUGUCAUGUUUUAAAUAUAAAGACUUUAGUUAUCUUAUAUAUUUUAGUUUUGUUUGGAAAAGGAAAUAAAAAAGUAUUUUAGUCAAAACGAAUGUGUU